AUCUGCAUGAUUUGGCAUAUCAUGACAGGCGGUAGCAGCUGCUGGAGUAUGCCGUGCACUCUGAUGGACGGUGUGAUGAUGAAACCAGAGUGACCUGAUUUAUUAGAAUACAAGCAUCUGCGGAGGAGUCACAGGAAGUAUUUCCAUAUGGAUUUUCUAGGGACUCGACAUUGGAGGCAUGGAGGCCUCGCUCUCUAAAAAAAAACACCCCAGGUCCAUCUUUUGCAAGUGGGCGGAGGGUCUAAAAUAAAAUCAGCUGUCACUGUCUGCUCGUUGGACAGAGGUGAACACGUUGAACUGGAGCUGGUCUCCGACGUUGACUGGGAUUUGCUGUGGGCUUGGACAGACCCUGCAGGCCGGGGUGCCGUGGCCUUCUUGUGGGAUUCUACCUGCUGAGUUCAUAUUUUUCUAAGACACCGUCCUCCUUCCCUGCUGCUGGCAGCGCAGGUUUACCAGGGCAGGACAUCCUGAAAGAUUUAAACCAGAGGAAUCGGGAUUCACUCUGUGGACUCAGAGGUCAUCCUACUGGCCAACUGUGAGGCCAUGUACCAGGCAGCUGUCUCCAAGCGAGCAGACAACAUCCCCAGCGGGGUCAUGGAGGAGUCGGAGGUCUGUUCCCUGCCUGGGGACUUGCAAGUGUGAGGAAACAAUUUGAGACCCAGGAAACUGCAACAUCACACAAUGUAACCCAGUUUCAUUUCCAUCACAGAGCUGUGCAGGAAAUGUCAAGCUCAGAGGCGACAGUGUCGAGCAGCAGGCAGGUCAUCCCAGGCAGUCAGCAGCUAAAUUUCAACCAAGAAACAAUGGUGUCAUACAGCGACAACAACUUGGCAUCCAGCUAUGAAAACCAUCAAGAUGAUACAGAAGAGGAGUUUCCCAGAUACACAACAAAAGAACUGAGGGAUCACUUUGAAAGAACAAUAGAAGAAGCUGCUCCACACAAACCAAUUAAGCCUGGACGUGACAUCAAUCGAGCUAAGUGGUCCUCAAAUGUGAGCCAAAGCAAUACAGUGAUUAGUGAGGUGUGUGAAGUGUCCACUACUGAAGCAACACAAGACACAAUGGCCGCAGUCAUGGAUUACGAGGACUUUCCACCCCCACCAGCGGAGGAUUCUGACUUUCUUCCACCCCCUCCUCCAGACUUACUACAAAUGCCGCCAGACAGUGACAAUAUUCCAGCUUGCGAUUACUCCCAUGAGCCUCCAGAACCAGCAAACCAGCCCAAAGGCCCACUCAGCAAAGAGGCUUACGUCAAGCAGAGGAGCAUGUCCGAGCUGAAACGUCUUUACAAGCACAUCCAUCCUGAGGUUCGUAAGAAUAUUGAGAAGGAGUGCUUUAUUGAUUACAGUGAAACUGACAACAACCAUGUAGAGAGCCAGGAGUACAUGUAUGAGGAUGAUGACAUCAACGAUGAAGAAUACGGGGAAUGGGAGGAGAUUCUCCCUGGGGAGGUACAAGCAAUGCGCUGGAGGUUUGAAAAUAAACCACUGGAUGCCAUCAAAGAUGAAACUCCUGAUGAGGAAGAAGACAACAAAAGAAUAACUCAACAGGAAAUAAUUCUGGGAAAAGAUGUGAGGCGCACAGCGUGGAUGUUUGAGACCAAGCCCAUGGAUGAGCUGGGUUCACAAAACAUUAACUCAACAGAAUACAAAAACAAAUUUAAUAAAUUUGACAAGGGAGAUGUCCGUGCUGCAGCGUGGCUAUUUGAAACCCAAACUAUGGACACUCUUAACAAAAUGCAUAAGGAGGAAGACUUAACGAAAGAGGUUUCAUUUACAGAAGAGGAUGGGAACGCUACCAUUUACAUGAUUGAUAAUAAGUUCAUGGCAAGCCUUGGGCACACUGAAACCAUUGAUGAGAGCCACCUGCUGAGUCUACGAUCAGUGUUAGAGGAAAUUAAUGAAGACGUGAAAACUGUAACAAGUACUUUUGACACUCAGUUCAAAUGUAUCAUCAUGGGACAGUCGAGCCAGAUGCUGGAGAUUAAGUCUGUGCGCAAAAUUGAAACUGAAUUGGAGAACUCUAUUGCAUCACGUUGGCUUUUUGAUACUCAGCCACUGGACAUGACUAGCAGUGAACCUACUUCUCUGAAACUUGUGUGCAGUCUUUCCAUGGAGGACAGCAAUAAGGGAGACUGGGGCAGGUGGUUGUUUGAGAUAAAGACACUAAAUUCUCUCAAUGAUUGGGAGAGCUCACAAAUGGAGAAGAAAGAGAUUGUCGGAGCUGAUGUACGCAAACACUGCUUAGUGUUUGAAACACAACCAAUGGAUUCUCUGAAGGAUGACUCCAAUGCAAGACCUGGGUCUAUUGAAGAGAUCAUUGGGGGAAAUGUUAGAUCUGCAAGGCACUUUUUUGAAAGCAGCCCUCAAGCAGCCAGGAAGAAUUGCCCUGAGGUCGGAAAACUUAAAAAGACAGCAGUAAAUGAAGAAAUGAAAGGGGACGUGAGACACCAAAAGUGGCGCUUUGAAAGUCAACCUCUAGAGCACAUAAGAGAGGAGAAGAAAGAGGUCACUCGCACUGUGAAUGUUGAGAACGACCUCACACAGGAGGAUGGCACAAGCUGCAGGGCGGAUGUUCGCAAGAACUGCUGGGUAUUUGAGACCCAGCCAAUGGAUACUUUAAAAGAUGAUUCAAAUACUCAUCCCGUGACAAAAGAGGAAGUUAUUGCGGGUAACGUGAAAUCAGCCAGGCAUUAUUUUGAAACGUUUCCAACUGAAGAACUAAAGGAGCUGGCAGAGGUGGGCAAACUGAAGAAAACUAUAGCACUUAAUGAGGAGAAAGGGGAUGUCAGACAUCAGAAAUGGCGAUUUGAAAGUCAACCCCUGGAGCAUAUCAGAGAGGAAAAGAAAGAGGUUAUUCGAACAAUUGACCUGGAAGAAAUUGAUAAAGUGGACGUUUUGAACUACAAGCAAAUCUUUGAAAGCACAGAUUUAAACAGGACGGAUGAAUCUCAAAAGAUUCUUAUAGAGGGUGUAACAUCAGGCUCUGUCAAAUCAAAUAAAAACUUGUUUGAGUCUACUCCGCUGUAUGCAAUGCAAGACAGCUCGGGGCACUUCCACGAGGUGAAAACUGUGCGCCGUGAGGAGGUUGUGAAAGGUGAUGUAACCACUUGCAAAUGGAUGUUUGAAACACGACCAAUCGAUCAGUUUGGUGAAAGCAUUGAUAAAUACCAGAUUAUUAAGGGCAUAUCCAAACAAGAAAUAGAGUCUGGUGAUGUUAAAACUGCAAAGUGGCUAUUUGAAACACAACCUCUUGAUGCUAUUAAGUACUUCAGCAAUAUUGAAGAUGAAGAACGGUGAAAACAAGUACAAAUGUUGAUGUCAUGAAGGGAGAUGUGAAAACCUGUAAGUGGUUGUUUGAGGACAAAACCAAUGGACAUCCUGUAUGAAAGAGUGGAGGUGAAGGCUGAAAAUGAGUCUGAAGAAAUGCGAAAGGGAGAUGUCAAAACCUGCACGUGGCUUUUUGAGACGCAAGCGCUUGAUACUAUCCAUGAUGAGACAGAGACAGUUCUGACAACAUGCACAACAAAGCAGGAAGACAUUAGAGGAAAAGAUGUAAGAAUGGCUUUGCUUUCUCUUUGAGACAGAGAAACUGGAGAACCUCACUGGGGAGGAGACGGGCUCCUUUAAGCGUGUCACAGAGAUAGACAUUGCAUCUGGAGACGUGUCACGGAUGAAGUAUAUUUUUGAAAACCAAACAUCCGAUAUCAUGACUUUCCACAUCUGAGGAACUGAUGCAAAACCUCAAGAGGGUUCAGACUGAGGACAUACAAAAGGGAAAUGUUGUGAGUUGCAAUGGCUCUUUGAAAACCAAUCUAUAGAUACCAUACAUGAUAGCCAGAGGAAUC